AUGACUGGAGAUCAAAUGGUUCCAAAGGGUAUGGUGACCCAUAGGGAAGUCAUCAUCAUCGUUAUUAUUUUCUUCCUUCUGCGCCUGGUGGUGGUGAUGGGCAACGGGUUCAUCACUGCACUACUGGGAAUCAGUUGGUUGCUAUGGAGAACACUGUUGCCUUAUGAUAGGUUAUUGGUCAGCCUAGGGGCCUAGCUCAGUCUCUUCUAUUGUGUGAAGAUUGCAACCUUUACCCAUCCUGCCUUCCUCUGGCUAAAGUGCAAGGUGCCUGAGUGGGUACCACGGAUGCUGUUCAGCUCUCUGGGACUCUCGGGCUUGAGCAGCUUUCUAUUUUUCAUAGGCGACUGAGAAAUAAAUGAUAACAAUUUAAGGAGCAAGUGGCAGUCUCGGAGCAUCUCUGGGAAGAGCAUAAGAAGCUCACAUGAGAAAUUCUACUUCAUCUCCAUAAAAACGGCUACUUGGACAAUCCCUACUGCUAUCUUUCUGGUUAUCUUUUACACCUAUUUCCAUGGUUUGCUUCUGACGUCCCUGGGGAGACACACGAGGAAGACCCUGUUGACCCUGUCAGGAUUUCAAGAUGUCUGAGCGCAGGCUCACAUCAAAGCUCUCCUUUCCUUUGCUGUUCUCUUCAUCUAUUGCUUCCUGUCCCUGGUGCUCAGUUUAGCUGGUAGUUUUCCAUUUCAGGAACUGAGGUACUGGGUCUGGCAGGUGGUGAUUUCUCUGUGGGGGGCAGUCCACCCCCUUGUCCUCCUCUUCCUCUCCCAGUCUCUUCAUAGGCCCCUCCACUCUUCAUCUGAAUCUGUUACUUAA